AUGCAGAAUCCCCGCAGUGCAACUGGUGCGAGCAUCAUAACCUCGCCUGUACCUACAACCGAAUCUGGGGCUGCACAGAAGCCGGCUACUCUACCAGAGCCUAGUGGAGAGGGUCCUGGUGUGCAAAGCACACUUCAGUCGCGAGCGGGACCAGGCAAUGUCAUUCUCAACAAUCUGGCCUACUUCAGGGGGCACUAUGUCUUCUCUGAGCAGGGUCAGCGCUGGAUUGAGGCUCAGGUUGGGGAACGCAAUGUCUUUGACAAGCUUUUGUCGCUGGAGCUCCCUUGGCCGCAACUGCCGGACUCGUCAGCUCCGCUCCCUGAGCUUCCGCAUAGAUCCGACGUGGAAAUGCUAAUCGUGGUUUACACCUCGUCCCCUGAGAGUCUGGUGUUCCCCGUCGUUAGCAGGUCGAUCUUCAAAGAUACCCUGGACCUUGCUUACAAUCCCGCUCAGCCAGCGGGUUCCGCCAGUGCCAAAGCCUGCGUCUACGCUUUUCUCUCGCUUGUCUCGUUGUUUGGCUUUGAAUGCAGUAUACUCGGCACCAUGGACUGUCGCUCGUAUGCUUCGGCUGCGCAGAGCUUCCUCACUGCGGUGAUUCAGCAGAUGACACUCGACGGGCUGCAGUCACUAAUCAUGCUGGUUCAACUCCAAUACUUUGUAGGUGACCUUCAGUCGGCAGCAACGACUCUAUCAAUCGCCACUCGUUUUCUCUACACACUAGGAGCUCAUGUACCACCUACCAGCCCGCUGGCCUACGAUAAACGCAAUCGGGAAUGCCAUCUACGCGAUCUGUUUUGGCUGUGCUAUUCAUUUGACAAAGAUAUAUGCCUACGGACCGGCCAACCACCCUGUAUGAACGAUACCCAUUGUGACCUCACCCUGCCCCCAGACUAUGUGCGGCUGCGCGACAGAAAUCUGCAACCAAACACACCACAGAGAUAUGAACAUACAACCCCCCUAUUCCCGUGGGAUCUCUGCCUUUCAAUGCUCAAGUCUCAAGUCCACCAGGACCUGUAUACCGCUCACUCUCUCAAAAAGCCCGCCCCCGAACUCCUUUCAAGCAUCCGAAACCUUGACGAGAAGUUGGACGGAUGGAGGGUUUCGCUGCCUGCGGCGUUCCGGCCGGCCCUGUAUUUCUUCCCCGCGACCCCGGUCAGCGCCGACCUCAAGACGAUAACGGUCAUGUUGCGCCUCGCAUAUUACCAUUGCGUAACUGUCAUCCACCAAGCGAGCAGUAGAUGCGAUCGUGCGGGGCCGAUACCUGCCGGGAUUGCCUCUAGUACGAGGCUUUCCAUCGCGGCGAGUCGCUCGACGCUGUGGUACCUAGAGCGGGUGCUGCCUCUCGUGCACGGGGAAUGCUUCCGGAUCAUCCUCUUUUAUGCCAUUACCGCCGUCCUCACCCUGUUCUGUAAUAUCAUCUCUGAUCUGCACGAUUCAGACACGGUGGAAAACAUAAAUCUGCUGCAGAACGUUCCCCGUUUGAUUCGCAGCAUUCCAGUCCGAAAUCGAACUCUCGGUGAGGUCAUUCAUCUGCAAUAUCUCGAUGGGCUGACCACAGAACUUGGGAGUAUUUGCGUGCGCGCUAUAUCCAGGUCACAAGGCGACGCCCCGGGUGCUGAUGCGUAG